AUGCCAAUCGAUAAAAGAAGACUAACAACGAUAUCACCACAACCAAAAUGGUUUUUAUCCAUGUAUUUUUCCACUCAUACACUUUAUCUAUUUCUCAUCUUAACAUCUAUUAUUUGGAAUGCUUAUAACACUCAUCAAUAUCAAAUCUUAGCCGAGCGACAAUCGAAGUUAGAGAAUAUUUUCACAGAAUUGUUGCCAUCGUCAUCUUCGAUCCCAUUAUUUCAAUCGGAAACUCCAUCAUUUGAGCAAUGGGUGAAAAAAGUUUAUCAGACAAUUCACCAAUUUAUAUACAAAGAUCCAAUCAAUAAGAAUUCAAUUUCACAAACUAUUCAAAAUGAAACAAGACAGCGACGAUACACUCGAGAAGUACAAGCGGCUAAUUGUCAAUGUCCUCCAGGUCCAAAAGGGGAAAAGGGUGAUCGCGGGUUUGCCGGAUUUCCAGGUGAAAUGGGACCGAAGGGUGAACGAGGUAAUCCAGGCUCGAUAGUUUGGAACGGUAUCAAAGGCGAAAAAGGUGAACCGGGUCAAGGUAUUGACAGUGCUCAGCAAGUGCUAUUAUCGUCAGCUGAAGGUAAAUUUAUUCAAGGGCCACCGGGGCCACCAGGACCAAAGGGAGAAAUGGGAGCACCUGGUCUCAAUGGUAUUGGCAAAGCUGGGCCACCUGGUCAAGAUGGUUUGCCAGGCGAAAAGGGAGGAAAAGGUGACCGUGGUGCGUUUAUUCGAACGAGAGUACGGCGCGUCAUUUAUUUAAAAGGCGAGCCUGGCGCACCGGGAGAAAAGGGCGAUGCUGGCUAUUCAAUUAUUGGACCAAAAGGUAUCCGUGGUACCCCUGGUCUACCUGGAAAUCCUGGCCUUCCAGGACAGGAUGGUGUGAGUGGUACAAAAGGCGAGAUCGGUUAUCCUGGACCACCGGGUAGAAAGGGUGAGCCUGGCAUGAAAGGUGAAUCGGGAUAUAUUCAAAAAAUUGAUUUUAAUCAAACACAUGUUCUCCUGAGAGGUCCACCUGGUCCUCCAGGACUUCCAGGAAGAAUCGGACUUCCAGGUCAACCAGGAUACCAUGGACAGAAAGGUGAACGAGGAUAUAGUGGUAUUAUGGGUUUAAAGGGUGACACAGGCCCACCUGGUAUCAAAGGUGAAAAAGGCGCUUCAAUCAAAGGAGAUAAAGGAAACCGAGGUUCUAUAGGUUUGCCUGGUUAUGGGAUGAGCAUGCAUAAGAAACGGUCAAUGGGCAAUCAAGGCGAAAGAGGUAUUCAGGGCCCCCCAGGAGAAAAGGGUGAUAAAGGCAACGAAGGAAAAGAAGGACAACGUGGUUUUCGUGGUCGAUCUGGUUUGCCAGGUCCAGCUGGAAUGGAUGCAUUGCCAUGUCCUCAGGAACUGCUGAACAAUUUCGACACAAUGUGUACGUCAUGUUGUAGAAAACCCUGA